UAAAUCGUAACACACCCGCCCCUCCUUCCCCGAACCCAAUUCCCCCCACCACGGUACCACCACCCACCUGCGCCCAUACUUAUAUCUUUGCCAUUGAUCUCAUUCCAUUCACUCCAACUUUCAUCUUCAGAGGUCCAUUUACUCUGCUCCUCACCUCCCACUACAUGAUACAUCCCCUCAUUGCUCCAAGCCUUCCUUCUUUUUGGGCUUCCGCUUCUUAUUCUCUUUUCUAGUUUCUGCUUUGAUCUGGUGGGGACUGGGGAGUCAAAAUAACAUCUGUUAACUAAUGUUAAUGGCGCCGCCUGGUCCCAGCGUCCGCUUCUUCUUAGUCCUCCUCCUCCUCUCUUCUCUUUCUUCCCCAGUCGUUUUUGCAGAUGAUUAUCUUUAUGAAGAGUGCUUGACGGUUCCAUCUUCGGUUUUCAUAACUUCUGUCAAGUCCGCUAUUGACGUAGUGAGCAAUGUCGUAUCUCUGGUUUCCAAGUUAACCAAUGAAUUCAACGAUUUUCGUCUUUCCACCGCCAUUAACGAUUGUGUCGAUUUGCUUGGUUUCACUGUCGAUGAGUUGACCUGGACCCUCUCUACAUCACAUAAUCCCUCCUCCGGGAAGGACAAUAGGACGGGUAAUCGGGUAUCGGACUUGAGUUCAUGGCUGAGCGCCGCAGUCGGGAACCAAGACACCUGCAUGGAAGGAUUAGAGGGUACCUCCAGCUUCGUGAAGAGCAUCGUCGGUGGGAGCCUUGGCCAAGUCACCUCCCUCGUCGCCGACCUGCUUGCAAUGGUACGUACCGAUAUUCCUACUGUGAGGAUGACAUCAUCUGGACCAACGGCUGGGAGGAAGCUUCUUGAUGUCCCGGCCGGCGAGGGGUACAAUGGUUUCCCAGGUUGGGUGAAUACCGGAGACAGGAGGCUGUUACAGACAGAGUCACAGGGAUUGUCGGUAGACGUGGUGGUGGCGGCGGAUGGGAGUGGGAAUUACACGAGAGUGAUGGAUGCGGUGGAAGCAGCCCCCAACAACAGCACGAAAAGAUAUGUGAUUUACGUAAAGAAGGGAGUGUACAAGGAAGUGGUGGAAAUCAAGAAGAAGAAAUGGAACCUCAUGUUCAUCGGCGACGGCAUGGAUCAAACCGUCAUUUCCGGCAACCGCACCAAAGUUGACGGGUGGACCACUUUUCAUACUGCUACAUUUGCUGUGAAUGGGAUGGGAUUCAUAGCUCGGGAUAUCACCUUCGAGAACACGGCGGGACCACAGAAUCACCAAGCAGUGGCGCUGCGAGUGGACUCGGAAAUGUCGGUGUUCUUCAGAUGCGGAAUCAGGGGAUAUCAGGACACCCUAUACGCCCACUCCCUCCGCCAGUUCUACCGCGAGUGCCUCAUCACCGGCACCGUCGAUUUCAUCUUUGGUAACGGCGCCGUUGUAUUUCAGAACUGCCAGAUCCUUGCCAAGAAGGGCCUCCCGAACCAGAAGAACACCAUCACCGCACAUGGCCGCAAGUUAUCCAACCAGACCACCGGCUUCUCCUUCCAAUUCUCCAACAUCUCCGCUGACUCCGAUCUUCUAGCUGCCGGUCCCAACUCCACCCAGACCUACCUAGGCCGACCCUGGCAACUCUACUCCCGAACUAUCUUCAUGCAGUCCUACAUAGGCAGCGUCAUAAAUCCCGAAGGAUGGUUGGAGUGGCAGGGCAACUUCGCCUUGGACAGCCUCUUCUAUGGGGAGUACAUGAAUGAUGGACCCGGAUCCGCCCUGGGUGGCCGAGUGAACUGGACUGGCUUCCAUGCCAUGAAUGACUCCACCCAAGCUUCCAAUUUCACUGUCGCUCACUUCAUAGAUGGCAAUUUUUGGUUGCCUUCUACGGGCGUCAAAUAUACCGCCGGUUUGACCACCUAAUAAAAAGUUAAUUUUAAUA